GCCAAGCGCGGCCGGAGCCGGUGCGCUGCACCGUUCCCGAAUAGCCUUGUCGCCUUUUCGCCGCUGCGACCAGCUGCGACCUGGCACUUAUUCCUCUUCAUCAUGCCUCGUGAGAAUCGCAAACGGGGGAAAAAGCAUAGAAAGCCGAAGGAAGACGACUACCACGUCCGGCACGAGCGUCAGGAGUCUAAGGCGGAGGUCGACCCAGAGGAACAGCAGGCGGGCCCGUCGUGGAUUGUGCACAGGCAGGCGGAGGAGUCAGACAAAGAGGCACCAUUUGGAUAUGUCGACGCGGAGGUGAAGGCAUACUUCCGAACAGUGGACCUGCAGAUCCGCGAAUGGCAGGAGCAAGGCCGCCCCGACGUGGGCGGAGACGAGGACACCGAUCCGAAUGAGGAUAGGCGGUUGUUCUUCGUGGCCGCCUUGACGGAAAUGGAGGGCAAGGAGAAGCAGCUUGCGACAGACAAGGACUGCUCGAUCAUCCUGGAGAGGAUGAUUCACUCGAUGGACGACUUCGUGCGUAGGGUGUACAUGGAUAGGCUGGACGGAUCAUUCGAGCAGCUCGUAACGCACCGGUUCGCAUCCCAUGUAUGCCAAACAAUGUUUACAGUGGCAGCGGACACAAUAUCCAGAGAGACUCGAGGCAUCCUCCCUACCCGACCAGAAGAUGCUACCGAACGGGGCGAGCUCCGUUCCCUCACACAGCUCGUCCUCGACGCCUGCGACGAACUCCUCCCCCGGCUUUCCUCCCUCGUCCUCGACCCCUUUGCCUCGCACGUCAUCAGCGCCCUGCUGCUGCUGCUGGCCCCCGACUGCUUCCCGCUCGAGACGCGCGAGCACGCGGUGCGCUCGAAGAAGAGCACGGCGUGGAAAGCCAGGCAGGGCUCGAUGAAGUCAGUGUUCAAGGAGAAAAAGGAGGGUGUAGGUGCGGACCUGAAGGGGAAGAGCAGGGUACCGGGGGAGUGUAGGAAGGUAGCAGAACAAUUUGUGAGGGCGCUGAGGGAGCAGCUCGGCGAGAACGAGGUGCGUGCAUUGGCAGCGGACAAGGUCGCUAGUCCGGUCUUGCAGAUGCUCCUGGAGAUUGAAGCUGAGUACGGCAUGGCUGAGGAAGCAAGCUCGCUCAUGGAUCGAGCUCUCGUCGGCAUGAUCUCUUCUAUGGAACAAAACCCCAACACAGAACACGAACCCUCCGACUAUCUCAACACUCUCCUCCGUGACCCGACUGCGUCGCACCUGCUUGAGACGCUUGUAAAGCGCGCGCCCGCGCGUGUCUUCACCGACCUCUGGGCAACGUACUUCGCCGAUAAGCUCGCGCGCCUUGCGGUGCACCCAAUCGCGAACUUCGUCCUCCAGAAGGCGUUAGUGCGGGUGGCUACGAAUUCGCUCGGGCAGGCGUGUGCGGAGUUGAACGGGGAGGUCGCGGGGAAGAUCGUCAAAACUGGAAGAGUGGAGGUCUUGCAGGCGCUUGUGGAUAGGGCAGCUGAGCUUCGUGCGCACGAAGAGGAUGUUGUGCAGGUGGUUCGCACGGCAUUUGUCCUACAAGAUGCAGAUGAGUCCUCUCUAGUUGUGCCUUGUAUCCUCCGUGCCAUCAAUGUUGAGGAUUACAAAGCUGCUCUCUUAGCGCGCGCAGAGAAGGAAACGAGGUACAAAGAAAAGUAUGGCGAGCUUGCUGUAAAUCUGGUGCGCCAGGAAAUGGAGAAAGAACCGGGCAUCGUGGAGCCCAAAGUCCAAGGGGCGCUCCUGCUACAAUCGCUUCUCCGCCUCUCCUCCCCUCACAACGAGCUCGUUCUGAACAGCCUGCAGUCGCUGACCAUCGAUGAACUGAUCGUACUGGCGCACCACCCCAUGUCCUCGCGCGUUCUGGACGUCCUGCUGUCCUCACCCACCGUACCCAUGAAGCUCAAGCGCAAGUUCAUCCUCGGCUUCAUGGGCCGCUUCCACGAGCUUGUGGACGACCGGAUCGGGAGCCGCGUAGGCGAGCGGUGCUGGGCCGUCGCGGACGGCUACAUGAAGGAGAAGAUCGCUCGCUCGGUGAUGCCCCACGAGCAUUUCCUCACGGGCUCCAUGUAUGGGAAGUACUUUGCGCGGGCGCUCAGCCUGCAACUGCUGAAGCGAGAUCCGGACCGGUGGCAUCACCAUCAAUCGGGCGCGAGCACCUCUACGUCUGCACCUACAGCCUCUCAGCGCCAGAAGCACGCACCGGUCCAAACCCUAGCUCAAACGGAAUCAUCGCGGAAGGAGCAGCCUGAAGCGGAAACAAUUGGCACAGAUGGGGUGUCGAAGAAGCGGAAACGGAAGGCGCAGCCGGAGAACGAAAUCGAUGCUUUGUUUGAGGCGAAGCUGGGGAAAAGGGUCAAGAAAGGUGAACUGAAGCCUGUCGAGAGGGGUGAUGCCGACGAGAAGGAUGAGCAAACUAACAACGGGAAGGUAGAGACGAGGAUGCAGGCUGAGAGAAAGGCGAAGAAGGGUAAAGGGGAGGCGAAGGAAGAUAAGGAUCUAAGGGACGUACUGGGGCGAUCAUGUCCGCGCCAAAGGAUGCCGGCGAGAAGGGGAAGAAGGGGAAGAGAAAAGGCAGAUAGACUGAGCAAUCGGGAAUUCGUGCGCACAAGUAUCUCCAUGGGCGUACUCAUUUGGUCCCCCUAUGUCAUUUGGUACGUGCACCUAUGGGCUGCGUUCACUCACCGAACCAGAGUAAGCGUUCUGAGCAUGAGGCACUGAGAAAUUGG